UUUCAUUUGCAUGUUUUAAAAACACACAAAAAUAUCUUAAAAAAUCCAUUAAUUGUUAUAUUGCAUGACACAACUGUUGCUUCAAUGUUAAAGGCCUCAAAUUACAGUAGUUAUAAAAUGAAAGAAAGGUCAGCAUUUGGUAAACUAUCACAAGGCACUCUUGGCAAUGUUGGAAAUGCUGUUCUAUAUUUUUCUUUUCUUGUUUCACGUUGUGGUACCUUGUCAGAUAACCAUUACUGGAAACAAUAAUUUGAGCAGUUGUUGCACUGAGUUGGAGAAGAAGGUCAGAGAGCUUGAGUACAAAGUCCAAAGCAAUGCAUUGAAGGCAAAGGUUGAAGCACUGGAAGGGCGUAUUGAAAUGUUGGAACAUGGACAAAGUGGAUUGUGUGGUAAGAAGAAUCUAGCAUUGAAUAAAAAGUGCGGACAGAGUUCAUAUGGUAAAGGACAUCCUUCGUGUGGUAUUGGUAAUAAUGGGAAUCUCAAUACCUAUAUGCACACAAUAUUCUACUGGAAGAAUGGUUUUUGGCACGGCGAAAGUAACCCGUAUUGGUGGGUUGAUUUGGAAAACAGUUGUCUGAUAAAACAAAUCAGAAUAUACAACAGGAAAGACUGCUGUGGCUUUAGACUCCGCGAUGUGGAAGUUACCGUCGGACAUUCAUUAUCUAAUAUGAAAUUGUGUGGUUUCUAUAAAGGUCCAGCUGCAGACGGAGAAAUUGUAAACAUAUCCUGCAAAUUACCAAGGGUAGCACGUUACGUCAAGGUGAUGAUAAAAGAGGAAAAUACAAAAGACACGUUCAUCCAUGUUAAUGAAAUUGAAGUUUACUCUCAGUAA